UUAUCUCUUGGCAGGGAAAGUGAGGAGCAUUCACUGGGCUUCUCGGUUUGCCUUGAAGUUUCUCCUCCAUCGGAGUGUUUGUUGAGGAGAUGAGUCUGAAUGUGAGCGUUCUGGUUGGAGACGACCUGAGCAGCAAGGAUGCCGUCUGUCACGAGCUCCUGAAGGCAGAACUUGGCCUGCUUCCUCUCAGCGCGCAGAUGGAGAGCUUCACACACCUGCGGAAGCCAGCGAUCCGCUCCUGCAGUCUGGGAGACACGGUGACCCGCAGCCACACCUUCCACACUGUGACCCAGACUAAGGACCAAUCACAAGAGGAGGAAGGGUCGCCUCGGCAACGACGCAUAACCGUUGAGUCGUACGUGCCCCAGUCCAAGGACCAGAAUGGAAACUUAGCUGAGAAGGGCUCAGACAGGCAGGGAGACAGAUCUCUUGGGGAGUUCAGCACGGAGGAAGUCUGCCAGUGGUUCAUCAGCAUUGGCCUUCCCAAAUGCCUCCCUUUCAUCAAAGAGAAAGCUCUGUCUGGAGCAGACGUUGCGUCUGUGGAUGUCAACACCCUGGAGGUCCUCCACAUCUCCUCCCUGGAGGAGAGAGAGCAGCUCCUGUCAGCUAUCUACAGGGAGAUUCACCCUCCCAGCUCCACGUCCCAGAAACUCGACUCCCUGCUGGAAACCUUAGGGCCUAAUAACGUAGAGAGCUUCACUGCAGCUUUAGUGUCUAUGAGCAAGUCCAAAUCCUCACCGCAGGUCAACUGCCUCAACAUGAACCGCUGUUCAGUCAAGCUCAGAAACAGAAGCCACAAUUAUCUGGUGCAGAAGAACUCUCAACUAAUAGAGAUCACCAUUAAUGCCUCAGAGAGAAUCGUCCAUCUCAGGACCCCCAAGGAGACCUCGGUGGGCAAGGUAGUUGAGUCGUGCACCAGGAUGCUGAACAUGACAGAAGACAAGGACCUCUUCACCCUGAAAGAGGAGCAAGGUUCCUCUGAAGGGCUUUCACCAGGUCUACAGAUCGGUAGUUUGGCAACACAUGUGAAGAGGCAGCUGGAGCUGUACCUGUGUAAAAAGGAGAAACCCAAAUCCAUAGACAUCCAAGGCCCUAAAAUAAACAACGACUGUGAGAAUGCUGUCAAUCAAAACCUCCAAGUAAGCCUUCCAGGUAAAGAAGAAAAGAUCAGAGCGCUGAACCAGCAGGUGGACUCCCUCCAACAUGUCAUCCUCCAGGUCCAGGAGCUCCACCAGGGUCUGGUGGCGUUCUGCUCAGAGCUGAAGAGCACGGAGGGAGAGGUGGCGCUGGUGGAGCUGAACUCUGCUGAGCUGGAGGCCAGGCUAGAGGAGGCGCAGGGCCGCCUCAGAGACAAGAGACAGAGUCUGCAAGCUCUCAGAGACGCCACGACCCACGCAGCGGCUCACGGGAGCGGGCGAUCGGAAGUCCGUCUCCUGGACAAGAUGAAGACAAACUGCCAGGUGUUUAUGGAGGAGAUCUCCCUGGUUCACCUGAACAGACAGGUGGCUCACCUCCAGACCGCCCUGCAGGACUGCCAAGAUAAGGAGAAGGCCCAGAGGAAGCUUUCCACCCUGGGCCAGCUGGUGUCCCCCUGCUGCCCGGCCAUGCUGCUGGUGGUGGAGGAGAGACCGAGGCCGGACGGACGCUACGGGUUCACCUGUCGCUUCACACACGGCUGCGGCCUGGUGGUGGUCGAGGCAGGACGCUCCCAUCUCUGCCUCGACGACAGGCUGGUGGAGGUGAACGGGGUACCUGUGGUGGGCUGCAGUGAGGAGGAGCUCUGCUCCCUGUUGCUCCAGGGUCCUAGUGCUGAGAUUGUGGUUCUGCGUAGGCCUCCUCCCUGCGCCCCCCCCCAGCAGCCCCCCCCCGGUCACCACGACAACCUGGAGGCCAUCGUCACUGGUCACCACGACAACCUGGAGGCCAUCGUCACUGGUCACCACGACAACCAGGAGGCCAUCAUCUUCGAUCACCACGACAACCAGGAGGCCAUCGUCACUGGUCACCACGACAACCAGGAGACCAUCAUCUUUAAUCACCAUGACAACCAGGAGGCCAUAAUCACUGGUCACCACGACAACCAGGAGACUAUCGUCCACUCAACCCCCAUCGACCGGGCAUCUGUCACCACGGCAACUCCCCAAUUUCAUGAGCUUAUGGCGAUUUGAUGACAGAGAUUCAUUCCCUCUUCAUCUGUGUGUGUGUGUGUGUGUGUGUGUGUGUGCAUGUGCAUCAAAGAGAGAUGGACAAAAAGACCGAAAUAUCUUUUUAAAAUAUAUUUUGUCCCAAAGUUGAACAAAAUGGUGCUGUACCAUGUUCACCAGUAGCUGCAACACAUCCUGUUAGAUUGUUGUCACUUCAUACAUCCUGUUAGAUUGUUG